AUGUUUCUCUCUCCAGACAUGCAUCCCGUCAGUGACGGGGAUCUGUUAUGUCCAAUCUUUAUCUUCUGCCGCCAUGGAUGCCCCCACCCCGCUUCCAGUUCCUUUCUCCUCAACACCGUCGCGCACCUCCACGACCUCCGUAGAGAUGGCGAGAAAUCAGUGAAUGAAUUGGUGGCUAGGAUUUACCGCCCUCGACUGAAGUUUCGUUGUCCGAUCUACGACGGAUGUGAUGAUGGGAUCGUCGUUGGCGAUGGUGGUUUGCGUCGCCCAUUUUUAGAUGGCGAUUGGAGAGAAGAACGUGCUGAAAUCGAUCAGGGUUUUAGGGUUCCGAUGAGUUUUCUUGUUCGGUCGCCGGAGGAGAGAGGGGCACGGGCGUUGCCAUAUACAGUCUGGUGCUUUGGAGAAGAGAGAAAAAGAGAGAGGGAAGAGGAUGAGAGCGAGAGAGAUGGUGAGCGCUAG